GUGAGGGAUUAGCUCCUCAGAUUAAAGUGGCCAUCUCCAAACCCUGCCUAAUCCUGCCAUCUGUCAGAGAGCAGCUAACCAGCCAGGACACUCUCCACAGGCUAAUUAGAAAGCCAGAGGAGCACAGACACAGAGGGGGAAGAAAUCGCCCCAAGAAUACACACACUUUCUAUCUGUCUGGCACUGCUCGAGGAGGAGUGACAAUGGAGGAGACGUACCUUCUCAACCACCCAGGAGUGAGGAAGAAGAUUCUGGCUGGAGGCACAGGACCGAUGCCACACUGUCCACCUGGGACAAAGCUGAUGUUCCACUUCCAGACGCUGCUGGACAACUUUGAGCGGACGGUCAUCGAUGACAGCCGACUGGCUUGCAGGCCAGCUGAGAUCUUUGUGGGAAAGAUGUUCAAGAUGGAGGUCUGGGAGACCCUGCUGACCUCCAUGAGGACCGGAGAGGUGGCUGAGUUCUGGUGUGAUGCCGUCCACACAGGGUUGUACCCGAUUGUUUCCAAGGGGAUGAGGCUGAUCGCUCAAGGGAAAGACCCCCUAGAGGGCCAGAGACACAUGUGCGGCAUGGGAAACAUGUUCCACUAUCACACCACCGGUUUCCCAGAGCUGGAUGAGCUGAUGAGAACCCCUCAACCACUUAUAUUCAUCAUGGAGCUGUUGCAGGUUGGAGACCCCAUGUCCUACCAGAGAGAGUCGUGGAUGAUGGAGAAGGAUGAGAAGCUGCACACGGUGCCAAUUCUCCACAUGCAGGGCAACGCGCUGGUCAAGCAGACACGAUUCAGAGAAGCUGCCAGCAAGUACAAAGAGGCGGUCCUGCUGCUGAGAACAGUCCAGUCCAGAGAGAUGCCAGGUGAUAUAGACUACAUGAACCUGGGUCGAAUGAUUGUCCCUCUGGAGUUGAACUACUGCCAGUGUAUGUUGGAGCUGGGGGAGUAUUAUGAGGUCAUAGAGCACACCACCGAGCUGCUGGAGAAACACAAAGACUGUGUGAAGGGCUACUACAAGAGAGCCAAGGCCCACGCUGCCGUGUGGAACCAAAAGGAGGCCCGGCGAGACUUCAACAUGGUGGCCCACCUCGACGUCACCCUGGCCUCUCUUGUCGGCAGAGAGCUGAAGGCCCUGUCAGAGCGCAUGAAGGAGAAGUACUGGGAGGAGAAAGAGCAGUACUGGAACAUGCUGGAGAAAAAGGAGGAGGAAGAGGGACACGAGGAGGAGGAGGAAAAGGACAACGGAAAACAACAAGAUAGUGAAAGUGAGACCACGGAGAGUAAAGAUGAGGUCGGGGAAGAAAAGGGCAAAGAAUCCACACCCAAAGAAGGCACGGCAAAGGUUGCCCCGGGUGAUGGAGCAGGUAAAGACGAGAGCAACCCGGACGCUGUCUGUAACACAGAGGGGAAAGACUGGCAGCAGAUGUUACGGCUGGUCAUGUUUCUGCAGAACGAAGGAAACUUCCUCAUCAAAGGGAACCACUUUCAAGAGGCUCGUGGGAAGUUCAAGGAGGCCCUAGAAUACGUGGACUUCCUUCAAAAUAAGGUGGAUCAACAGGGCGAGGACUGGGAGUCACUGGAGAAGGUGCGUCUUCCGCUGACUCUCAACCUCAGCCAGUGCCUGCUGGAGAUGAACGAGUACCAGCAAGUGGUGGAGCUCAUCAGCAAGCUGCUGAAGAAGCAUAAAGGUAACUUUAAGGCGGUGUACCAACGGGCGCAAGCGCACGCCGCUCUGUGCAAUGAGGACGAAGCUCGGAGGGACUUUGAAAUGGUGGAGAAGGUGGACCCACAGUUUAAACCCUUUGUCCGGCAGGAACUGAAAAAGCUGGGUGAGCGCAUCCGCACCAUGCACACCUGCCAGCAUAAGACUUACAGGGAUAUGACGCAGGAGAAGUGGGGGCCUGGCGGAAGCAAGACCAAGAGGGCGGCGAGAAAGAAGAACGUCAAAUUUGCACAGAGAGCCUCAGAGGGAAAAGCUGAAGUGGAUAAGAACACGGCAGAGAGUGAGAUGGGAGAGAAGGAAGGCUCAGGGAAACCUGAGGGAGUGGAUGAUGCAGAAACAAAGAAAAGCGCUGAUGUGGAAGCCGAGCAGAGCAACGAAGAGCUAGAUAGUGAUAGAGCGAGUGAAGAGGGGUUAGUUAAUGAAAAUAUAGAGAGCGCUGUGGAUCACGAGGAUGGGCAGGGUGCAGCAGAUAAUCGAGCCACAGAUAAAGAUAGUGAUCCUGCGCCCACCUGCACAGGCAAAGAUAAUGUAGUGAGCAGGAGAUCAGCGUGUGAUAAGGGCAGGGGGAAGGUCAAAUGCCAAUCGAGUGCUGCGGCGGGCCCAAGCACAACAAGCCAAGGGGACAAAGCCCCCAGUGAUAAGACAGCAAAUGGUGGCACUCAAUCAGAAUGAACCAAUGGGUUGGAAUUGUCUUGUGCAGAGCCAGAGGCUGCAGGGGAAGCGUGAGGCCGCAGAGAUGAAUAUAACUAAAACUCAGAUAGAGAAAAGCAAUAUGGAUGCAGGUGAAUCAUGAGCGAAGAGAAGUGAUAAAUAAGCCAAGCGUCGACUCUCAACGAGAAAUACUGAUUCUGCCACCUAAAAAAAUAUAUACACAAGAGGAAAAAUUAAUAUCAAAAGCCCGUAUUUGGCACUGUUCUGAGUUUCAUUUCAUUAUCCAGUUCCAGUUCCAGUUCCAGUUCCAGAAGGAUAACUGCAAGCACAUUAAAAAAAGUACAGCCAGACAAGGAGUUUGCCAAAUACAAAGUUUUUAUUUCUGUACACAAAGAGUAGAAAGCAGCCUGUAACCCACAUGUUAAUACAGUAAAAAGCCUUUUCUUCAGAAAACUUUUUACACAGAUUAAAAACUCCAGAGAAAAGACAGCAAGAAGAAGUGUUUGAGUGCCGGACAAGAACAAAAAAAAAAAAAAACAACCACAAAAAAAACAUGUAACAAUUAACAUUUGAAUGGUAAA